CGUCAUCAACACGCGUCCUGAUAAACAGAGGAAGCGGCAGUUUAAAAAUCUUUGUUUUGGGGAGUACAAAGUGUUCAAAGUGUGAGUUUGGUGAAAUGACGCAGUCGGUGGUUGUUCAGGUGGGUCAGUGUGGGAAUCAGGUCGGCUGCAGGUUCUGGGACUUGGCUCUGAGAGAACACGCUCAUCUGAACAAAAACGGCUUGUACGAUGAGGCCUUAAGCAGCUUUUUCCAGAACGUGGACUUGAGGAAAGGAGGCGGGAGGCCGUGUGAGGUCGGUGACAGGAUCCGACAUCUGAAGGCCAGGGCGGUGCUGGUGGACAUGGAGGAGGGCGUGGUCAAUCAGAUCCUGCAGGGCCCACUGAGAGAGGUGUUUGACAGCGCACAGCUUCUCACGGACGUCUCGGGUUCAGGCAACAACUGGGCGGUGGGACACUUGACGUAUGGCGCCACCUACAGGGAGCAGAUAGUGGAUAAAGUGCGUAAGGCAGCAGAGCUGUGUGACUGUCUGCAGUCCUUCCUUCUCAUUCACUCCAUGGGAGGAGGUACGGGCUCGGGCCUGGGGACCAGAGUACUGAACCUGCUGGAGGAGGAGUUCCCUGAAGUGUGCCGAAUCGUCACCUCUGUCUAUCCAUCUGCAGAGGAUGAUGUCAUCACGUCACCCUACAACAGCGUCUUGGCCAUGAGAGAGCUGAUGGAGCACGCCGACUGUGUCCUGCCAAUCGAAAAUCAGUCGUUGGUCAACAUCGUGAACAAGAUCAAACAUAUGUCUGACGGCGGACGGUCAGGCUCAGCGAUCAAGAGAGAUGGCACCGUGAUCUCCGGUCAGGGGGGGCUCAGCGUGGCUGAAAAACCGUUUGAUGCCAUGAAUAACAUCGUUGCCAACCUGCUCCUCAGUAUUACCAGCUCAGCCCGUUUCCAGGGUUCUCUCAACAUGGAUUUGAACGAGAUCGUCAUGAACCUGGUGCCGUUCCCUCGUCUGCAUUUCCUGGUUCCGAGCCUGACGCCUCUCUACACGCUGGCAGACAUCCACGUCUCUAGCAGAAGACUGGAUCAGAUGUUCAGUGACGCCUUCAGCAAAGACCACCAGCUGAUCCGUGCCGACCCGAAGCGCAGCCUCUACCUGGCCUGUGCCCUCAUGGUCAGAGGCAACGUUCAGGUGUCGGAUCUCCGCAGGAACAUCGAGAGGUUGAAGCCUUCGCUGCCAUUUGUCUCGUGGAACCAGGAAGGCUGGAAGACGGCGCUGUGCUCGGUUCCUCCGGUGGGCCACGCCUACUCACUGCUCGCUUUGGCCAACAACACCUGUGUGAAGCCUACAUUCAUGGAGCUGCGAGAACGCUUCAGCAAGCUCUACAGGAAGAAGGCUCACUUGCAUCACUACCUGCACGUGGACGGGAUGGAUCAGAGCUUCUUCUCGGAGGCUCUCGGUUCUCUCAGCUCCCUGAUUGAAGAGUACCAUCAUCUGGACGCCACUAAGGGCAGGCUGACCCCCGACACACCCAGGCUCAGCAUCGCCACAUGAAGGAGCUGAAGGUCUUACCUGGACAGCGACGACGAGCAGCAGCGAGCGGCACAGAAGACCAAGCAUCUCCUCAGUAGGAAGGUCUGUGUGAGCGACGGGAGGACGUCGAGGACGAGGGAAGGUGGGCCUGAGGGAGGGGGACACGUGAACAAAGCUGCCCUCUGUCUCCUUUCCCCAACGUACUGAUCCAAAUAUUUGUUUUCAUAACUGCCGGGCCGCUCCGAGACCUUCAGGUCCUGCCCGCUUGUUUAUUCUUGGCCCGUGGAGCUCGCUCAGACUGAUCUGGGUGCAGCUCGCAGGUACCUGCAUCUCCAAAAGGAACGUGUGUUCUGAGCUUUCAUGGGCGAAAACAGAACCCACC